AUGGCCGCAGUGCAGGUCGUCGCGACUGUCGCAAUCUCCGAUCCCCGGGUCGCGAUAUCGUCGCCCAUUGUGCAACCGCGUCGGAUAUGCCGUUCACUCGCAGCUUUCAAUCCUUCCUUAAGACUCCUCUCCUCGAAUUUGUCGCAUGCACACCGUCCCUCGCGACGCGACCGCACCUCACGCCAGCAUGCCGUCGUCGCUAGCCGUUCCGUGCCGUUGCGCGCCGAGCCUCGCGCCGGCCACCCAACAGUCCAAUCAUCGUCUUCCCCCAACGCGCAGAAAUCCGUGCGCGCGUCGGCAGUUGCGGCGCCGAAAGCAGGAGUGCAGUCGUCGACCUCCGCCGCGGCAGAUGCGCGAUCGGCGGCGGUUGGCGGAAGUGGCGCGGGGCGAGCAGCGGAAGCGGAAACGUCGGCGGUGGUGCUGCUGGACGUGCGCGAGAUGAUGUGCGGGGGAUGCGCCGCCGCCGUGCGCCAAGUGCUGUCGGAGCAUCCGCGCGUGAUUAGCGCGGGCGUCAAUCUCGUCACCGAAUCCGCCGCUGUUACCGUCUCCCUCCGCGCGCCUGAGGCUUCCGCUUCCCCUUCCGCCUCCGCUUCCGCCGCUCCUUCCGCCACCGCUUCUUUCCCCCCCGCUAUUGCGAAGGCGGGCGACGAGGCGGCGGAGCUUGAGGCGCUGCGCGCGGAGCUGGCGGAGCUGGUGGAAGACGCGGGGUUCCCCUGCUCCGUGCGGCGCGCGGGGGAGGCGGACGAAGAAGCGGAGGCACGGCGCAGGGAGGCGGCGGAGCGGAGGCAGCGCGCAGUGGCGCGCGCGCGCGUGGAUGUGGCGGUGGCGGGCGUGCUGGCGGCGCUGUGCUGCGCACACCACGUGGGACACCUUUUUCAUGGCAUGGGGCUGCAUGCCCUUGCACACGGCCCAUGGAUGGCGGUGCUGGACGAUGUGAGGGCACGCUCCGCCAUUGCUGCCGUCGCUCUGCUGGGGCCCGCCAGAGGCCUGCUUGUGGACGGCAUGAAAGCGCUGCUGCGUGGGUCACCCAACAUGAACUCCCUCGUGGGGCUCGCCUCCCUCGCUGCCUUCUUCAUUGGGGUGGCGGCACAGCUGUACCCGGACCUGGGCCUCGACUCCUCCUUCACUGAUGAGCCUGUGAUGCUGCUGGCGGUGGUGCUGCUGGGUCGGUCCCUAGAGGCCUCUGCCAGGGCGCAAGCCUCCUCCGACCUCAAUGCCCUCAUGUCGCUACUGCCCUCCACGGCUCGACUGCUAGUGCAAGACGACAGUACUGGGGGCAGUGAGCAGGGGGGAGGGGGGGAAGCAGGCGGGAGCACAAAUGGACUGCUGGCCUCUCUGAGUGCCUCUGGAGUGGGGAGUGGGGGUUUGAGUGAGGGGGCAGGAGGGGGGGUGGAGAGUGGGAGUGAGGAGGAGGGAGGGGAGGGGCUGGCGCUGAGCAUGGCGGCGUGGGUGCAGGUGCCGGCCAAUCACGUGCGCCCGGGAGAUCGGGUGCUGGUGCUGCCUGGUGACGUCAUCCCUGUGGACGGCGUGGUGGAGAGUGGGCGCAGUGCAGUGGACGAGUCAUUGCAGACAGGAGAGGCGGCCACAGUGCCCAAGCGUAGAGGAGCUACUGUUGCUGCUGGCACCGUCAACUGGGAGGGCCCUAUAGUGGUGUCAGCAACAGCAACAGGAGCAAGCUGUGCCGUGUGUGAGAUGGCACGGCGGGUGGAGGAUGCACAGCAGCGCACGGCACCGGUGCAGCGCCUAGCAGACGCCAUCGCAGGGCCGUUCGUGUUCACCAUCAUGAGUCUCUCCGCUGCCACCUUUGCGUUUUGGUACACGGUGGGGGUGCACCUAUACCCAGCCGUGCUGCUCUCAGACUUUGCAGGCGACGACUCGGAUCCUCUCGUGCUCAGCCUCCGCCUCGCCAUCAGCGUGCUGGUGGUCGCCUGCCCGUGUGCGCUCGGCCUCGCCACGCCCACCGCCAUCCUCGUUGGCACGUCCCUGGGUGCGAGGAGGGGGCUGCUGCUGCGCGGGGGAGACGUGUUGGAGAGGCUGGCAGCGGUGGAUGUGGUGGCGUUUGACAAGACCGGCACGCUGACAGCAGGACAGCCCCAGGUGUCUGCUGUGGUGCCUGCAGCCCACCUGCCGCCCACCACUCUCCACCACUCACAAUCCCACUCCACCUCCCUCAACCGAGACCCAGCCACAGCAUCAAGCCGCAGACACACCACCACCACUGCUACUGCCGUUGCUACUGAUUCAGAUACUGCCACUGAUACUGCAACUGUGUCUCUCCUGCAACUGGCAGCAGCAGCAGAGGCCACCACUCGCCACCCAGUAGCCGCCGCCAUCACCGCCCAUGCCGCCCGCCUCUCCGCCGCCCCGCUGCCGCCCGUUUCGUCUGCUCUCACUGUUCCCGGGCGGGGCGUGGUGGCUGUAGUGGACGGGAGGGAGAUUCACGUGGGAGGCUUUGAUUGGGUGGUGAAGCACUGCUUGGGGGGGACAAGGGAGAGGGAGGGGCGGGGAGGGAGCGGGAAAGGGAGUGAGGUGGAAGGGGAGAGGGAGAAAUGGCGGAGAGUGGAAGAGGGGGUGUUGAGAGGGGAGUGUGGGGGCGUGGGAGGGAGUGUGGAGGGAGGGGAUUGGGGCAGCAGGGAUAGCAGCAGCAGCCACACGUUUGUGUAUGUUGGUGAAGUGAGGAGCGAGGAGGAGAGGAGUGAGGGGGACACGGGCGAGGGAGGAGAGGGGGAGAGGAGGGGGGCGACGGAGGAGGGAAAGAGUGUGGGCGGCAUUCUGGGAUGCAUCUGUGUGAGCGACUCACUGCGCGCCGAGGCAGAGGAGACCGUGAGCCGGCUGGAAUCGCUGGGAGUGUCAGCGUCGGUGCUGUCGGGCGACAGGCAGGCUGCAGUGACGCGCGUGGCCGAGGCCGUUGGCAUCGCUGGCCCCGGGAAGGUUCUUGGAAGGCUGCUGCCGGAGGGCAAGGCGGAGGCGAUUGAGAGCAUGCAACGGGACGGUCACAGCGUGGCGAUGGUGGGAGACGGCAUUAACGACACCCUCGCCCUGGCCCGUGCAGACGUGGGAGUGGCAGUGCCUCCCCCGGGUGCCACCUCCGCUGUCAUGAGUGCUGCUGCCGAUGCUGCUGACCUCGUGCUGCUCGGCAACCGACUCACACAGCUAGUGGAGGCGGUGCAUCUAGCGCGGGCCACAAUGAACCGAGUGCGUCUCAACCUCGCAUGGGCCCUCGCAUACAACUGCCUCGCCGUGCCCCUGGCCGCUGGGGCCUUCCUCCCGGCUUACGACAUCGCCCUCACACCCACGCUUGCUGGUACGACUGUCAUGCUCACCAGCUGA